AUGUCUCAACCUACUCAGCGGCAAGCCUGGCGUCGAACAGACGACUACACCAAAGGCACACCCAAAGUCAAGCUCGUCACAGAAGAUCUCCCUCUUCCUCUUCACCCCACAGCAGUUCUCGUCAAAGUCCACGCAGUAGCCCUCAACUACCGCGACGCCAACAUUGCCAAUGGAGGCAACCCCUGGCCCGUGACUCCCAAUGGUGUCCCUGGCAAUGAUGCAGCUGGCGAGGUUGUUUCAGUCGGCAACAGAGUCUCUCUCGUCUCAGUGGGCGAUCGUGUUGCACCUGUCACUGAUACAGAGUUUGUGACCGCGCGCUCAACUGGCAGGUCUUGGCUUGCUGCGAAUGAGGAUGGUAUUCUGGCGACGUACAUCGUCUUUGAUGAGAAGUUGGUUACGAAGUUGCCUGAGCAUCUUGACUGGAUACAAGCCUCCAUUAUUCCUUGCGCUGGAACUACGGCGUGGUCUGCUCUCAAGGGAGCUACGAUCGGCCAAACCGUCCUCAUCCAAGGUACUGGUGGUGUUUCCAACUUUGCUCUCAAGCUCGCCCGCGCUUCUGGUCUCAGAAUCAUCUUGACCUCGUCAAGCAACGAGAAGUUAGAUCAAAUCAAGCAGCAGUUUGGAAAGCCGGAGAUCCAAACUGUCAACUACAAAACUCACCCUGAAUGGCAAAAAGAGGUUCUUCGUCUAACGAAUGGCAUCGGCGUCGACCUUGUCGUCGAGAAUGGUGGCAGCAGCUCACUCGUCCAAUCGAUGGAGUGUACACGGCGAGGUGGAAUCGUCAGUCAAGUCGGUUACCUUGGUGGUCCCAAGCCUGAGCAUCUUAAGGAGUUUGUAUCUACUAUUAUCGAUCGACGGCUCAACGUCCGUGGUAUCAACGCUGGCUCCAAGGACGACCAAGAUGAACUCAUGGCCGCGAUCUCAGCGACGCAGAUGACCUUUGAGGAUAUCCUUGACUCAACUUGGACUUUUGACAAGGCUGGGGAGGCGAUUGAGUAUGUUUGGCAGGGUAAGCAGGUCGGAAAGGUCGUUAUAAAGCUUGAUGACUAG